GCCAGGCAGUUUGUUUACCAACAGGACAGGAUUUUAACGCUAUGGUCUCGAGAGCUGGUUAAAUACUGAUGCUUUCAAAGAGAAUACACUUUCGCCAAAUUUUAGAAGGAUCAAAAUUAUUAAUUAAUUUUUCUAAGACCAUUUUUUCCAAGAAAGAUUCUGAGAAGAACAAAUGCCAGGGAAAUAUGGUUAUUAUGAAAAGAAAGAUGCGUGGGUGAACAAGGUCCUUCUAGUAUGGUGUGCUGUGUUCAUUUAAAAAUGGAGAGAGAGAGAGAAAGAGUUUGAGCACAGGAGGGGAGGGACCUCAAGGAGAACUGAGAGACAGAAGCACACAGCCUGCCAGCCUGAGUCUCAACAGAAGCUGCAGCCGCUGAAGGAGCGACACUCUCCCCACAGGUCAGCACCUCCUGGAUGAAGAUGCCACGGGUUAAAGACAACAAGAAGAUGGCAGAGGACAUUUCCAAUGCAUAUGAGAUAAAGGAGAAGCUGGGCGAGGGAUCUUUUUCCGAAGUGUUUCUGGCCCAGGAGAGGCACUCUCAGAGGUCGGUGGCUGUGAAGUGUAUCAACAAAAACGUGCUGAAGGGCAAGGAGGCUAUGCUGGAGAAUGAAAUUGCAGUCCUGCGCAAAAUUAAACACAAAAACAUUGUUGCCCUAGAAGACAUCUAUGAGACCCGAUCUCAGCUGUAUCUAGUCAUGACUUUGGUGACAGGCGGAGAGCUGCUGGACAGAAUCCUUGAGAGAGGUGUUUACACGGAGAAGGAUGCUAGUCAAGUGAUUCAUCAAGUGCUAGAUGCUGUGAACUACCUACAUGAACUUGGCAUUGUACACAGAGAUCUCAAGCCUGAAAACCUGCUGUAUGAUACACCCUUUGAGGAUGCCAAAAUUGUCAUUGGAGAUUUUGGUCUUUCGAAAAUGCUGGAUCAGGGUGUGCUGUCAACAGCUUGUGGAACACCUGCCUAUGUAGCUCCGGAGUUGCUGGAGCAGAUGACUUAUGGAAAGGAAGUGGACUGCUGGGCUGUGGGGGUCAUCUCCUAUAUUCUGCUCUGCGGCUAUCCCCCCUUCUACGAUGAAAAUGACACAAACUUGUACAAGCAAAUUGUGAAAGUAGAAUAUGAGUUUGACUCCCCAUUUUGGGAUGAUAUCUCUGAAUCAGCCAAAGAUUUCAUCAGGCACUUACUACAGAAAGACCCUGCCAUGCGUUACACCUGCCAGCAGGCUCUCCAACAUCCAUGGAUCUCGGGGGGCACUGCCCUGGAGAAGAAUAUCCAUGAGUCUGUGAGUGUGCAGAUUCAGAAAAAUUUUGCCAAGAACCAGUGGAAGCGUGCCUUUAAUGCUACUGUAAUUGUGCGUCACCUGAGCAAGAAGACACAAUCGAACUCAGAUGCAAGCGAGGAGCUAUCUACAGACAGAGCUGAAGCAAUGCAGAGUUCUUAACAAGUCAUCUGGGAGUCCUGACAGUUUGUGAUGAUGCGACCACAGGUCAUCCAUAUCCUUUUAUUUCCCCUUACCUGCACUGCAACGUACCAGGAGAAUUGCCCUCAUUGUUAUUAGGUUUGCCAAUGGCAGCAAUGCAGCUUUAUUUUUGACAUCUACGCACAAGACAUGUCUUUCUGUAUCAUACUUCCAAAAGCCAUAGACAAUUAAUAUAAUUCACAGGACUGAGAUGUGUCCAAUGUAAUGUUACCAUAAACAAAACAUUCAUCUGUUUUCUGACACUAUCAGGUUCUCGCCCUGCAGCCUAAUAAUUGGCUAUUCGAACAUUACCUAGCCCUGUAUGAAUAAAUCCAAAUAGAAGAGGCAUUCAGCCCCAUCUGGUAAAGGGGUUCUUGUUGGUUUCCUUUUAGGUCACUGGUCUUGUGGAUCUACUCAUGCACUGUGAGGGACAUCCUGCAGUCUGACAGAUCUUAAUGCAUUCCUCUUUUGUGGUGCCCACCUUCUAACAGUAUUAUCUGAGUUAUCUAUUUAUCUCCAACACCUCCAAAAGUUUGUCUCUACCCUCCAUUUCUAGACUGCGCGCAUCUGCACCCAAAGGUGGGAUUGUCUUCUCAUAAGAGGUUGAUAAACGUAACCUGCCUUUAUAAGACAUGUCCUUGAUUUCCUUCAAAGGAGUCGUGCAUCUGUAUUCUUUGGUAUCCUACGUGGAUUGUGAUACCCAGGUUGUCCAGGGAGUCAGAGAAGUGCAAAUAGGAUUUACUGGUUCAGAAAGCUGGCAACAUAGUGCCUCAGGGCUUUGAUCUAAUGCCUCACACAAUUCCAGGGGCUUGGGUUCUCACAAAUUUCUUCUGGUUCUCUGGUUCUGGGUCACAUCCCCAUGGAGUGGAGGGUACAUCUAAAUUUUCCCUGUGGGACUGAAUGUGUGUACCCUUUAUUAGCCUGGAAUUCCAUCCAGGGUUGCUCCCUACAUUGUGUCCAAUAUAAAAAUAAAUUUAGAAAAUGAAUGGAUGGAGGCUAAAAUGCAUUUUCUUCGCUCCAUUUCUUUACUUUUACCUAAUGUCCUUGAUGCAGUACAUGUGUUUAUUACAUCAGUCUUCUCCUUCUCUGAGCAAAACCUCCUAUAAAUCUAUAAAAUGCUAGUAAAAUGGCUUAUUUCUUGUAAUUGUUAAAAAGGUUUUGAUCCACCAUAACAGUUUACAAUCCGAACUCAUGGGCCUCUGUGCCUCACUCAGCUCAUAUAGUAAAUGUAUCUAAUCAUGAACACACACUGCAAGUGUUUGUCUCUACUAAGUCUUUAUUAAGGUCUGUGGGCUUUGACGAAGAAACUGCACUAAAGGGCACAAUUCUGCCUUGACAUCCCUAAGGUCACCCUAUUCAGACACCUCAGUACAUUUCUAGGACAACUAGACAACAUUCACAUUGAUGUGUAUGUGACGGGAGGUACGCCAAGAAUCAAGUUGAGCCACCACAAGCCUGCAGAACAUCCUUGAUCCCCAUGUACCAAGGCUGCCCAUUUCGCCGUCAGUCCAACAAUGGAAGACCAAGACCAAGACAGGCAGAGUGGCACCACGGUUAGCAAAGUGAAUUGCAAAUUACAGGAAAUGUUGACUCAAUUCCUGCUUUUUAUGAAUGGCAUGACCCUGAGAAAGUCGUUUACUCCUACCUGUGCUCUACCUGUAAAAAAUAAAUGAAUAAAUAAAUGUGUAAAGAAUUUCAAUGAAUUCUUUAUUAUUGUGAAAUUUUAUUGUUUGCUGGAUCAGGAUCUUACUUGACAAGGUCAAAAUUGAGACUUUUUGAGUUUUCAAUGAUUUACAGGAUUAAGGCAUCCCUGAACACAAUUGACUGCUUUUGGAGUGAUGUCUGUCAGCAUGUGUGUGUGUGAGAGAGGAUGCAAGUCAGCAGACACAAUACCUCAGGCAGAAUGAAAAUUGGCACAGUUAUUAGCAAAGUGAAAUGCUAGCAGCCUAUUGAUUUUGCUCUGCGCAGAUAAUGAUUUUUAGUUUAUUUAUGGCCUGCUUUGUGCUACAGAAAAGCAGUAAACUCAAUAUUAAUCAUUUCACGGUAUAAGUGAUAAGGCUGGUGCUAUUUUAAAAAAAAUGAGUAGAAUCAAAACCUUUCUGUAGCAUCCUAAAAUGACUGUGACUUAUGGCAACUGGUGGCACAGAUGUGAAGUCACACUAGCACAAGUGGGAAUAAGUGCCAGUGGCUCAAGUCUUAAUUGUAGGAAGGUAGGGACAGUUUCCAGCAGGCACUGAUUAGGAAACAAACAACACAAGCUGGAUAUUUCAAUAAUGUUGGGGUCAAUUUAGAGUUGUGUUUAUCAAAAUCUGGUCCAUAGAAUUUUUUUUUUUCCAGUCUGUGAAAUUUAAGUGAAUCCUUCGGUCAUGUUUUUGGCCAGUGUCAACGUAUGCUUGAAACUCCAAGGAGGACUCUCCCCAAGCCAGCAUGCUCUCUGAUCAAAUCUAAUUAAAUUUGGACACUCAAAACUCCAUGGGGGACAUCAUCUCAUGCCCCCAUCUUCACAACCGAAUGUUAGUAGAUUUGGAUACUGGAAGCUCACACAUCCAAUGUAAUGAAAGUAAAUUUAGAUGCUGGAAACUCCCAGA